UCUCUCUCUCCCUCUCUCACACGCACACGCACACGCACACGCACGCACACGCACACUAUCUCCUUCGAUGUGCGAACGAUCCCGCCAAACCAUUCACCACCCUGAAACAUCCUCAACCGCGCCAUGACUUCCACUCCCCAAACCUCCUUACUCAGCCUCUCUCUCCUGAUACUCUUCAUUUCAAUCUCUUUCCUCCACCUCAACCCCCAUCUCCAUCAAACCCACCAACCUUUCCAAAACCAAACCCUAAUCCCGCAAUCCAAACCGCAAUUACCCAAUCAACAAAACUCAGACGAGAAAAUCACUCAUACAAAUCAUAUAGUUAGGUUUCUUAAAUAUAAAAAAGCUCAAGAUCACAAAUCAUACCUUGAGAAGAAUGUUAAAUUGAAAGGUUGGAAAUGGGUUGAGAGGAAGAACCCUGCGGCGAAGUUUCCAACGGAUUUCGGGGUGGUGGCGAUUGAGGAAUCGGUGAGGGAGGUCGUGAUUAAGGAGUUUGGGAGAUUGAACCUUGUGAAAGAUGUUUGGGUUGAUUUGAGCCAUCAAAGGAGAGUUCUUGGUAAGGAAAAUGAGAAAGUUGGGGCAUUUGUUGAUGGAAAAAAAAGGCCAGGGAAGAUUUUCACGGCGAUGUCUUUCGAUGAAGCAGAGAGUUAUGGUGUUGCAAAGACUAGUAAUGAUACCAUUAGCUGGCAACGGCAUCUAUUGAUGCAGAAAUCUCAAGUUACUUCCUUGUUUGGAGCAGAUGUGCUUUGGUCGAAAGGGUACACUGGCACUAAAGUCAAAAUGGCUAUAUUUGACACUGGCAUUCGAGCAAAUCACCCACAUUUUCGUAAUAUUAAGGAGCGCACAAAUUGGACCAAUGAGGAUACACUGAAUGACAAUCUUGGCCAUGGGACAUUUGUUGCGGGAGUUAUUGCUGGUCAAGAUGCAGAGUGUCUUGGUUUUGCACCAGACACAGAGAUUUAUGCAUUUCGUGUGUUUACAGAUGCCCAGGUAUCAUACACAUCAUGGUUCCUUGAUGCUUUCAACUAUGCAAUUGCCACCAAUAUGGAUGUGCUGAAUCUGAGCAUUGGUGGUCCUGACUAUUUGGAUCUCCCAUUUGUGGAGAAGGUUUGGGAACUUACAGCAAAUAAUAUUAUUAUGGUUUCGGCAAUUGGAAAUGAUGGGCCUCUUUAUGGUACUCUGAACAAUCCAGCAGAUCAAAGUGACGUUAUUGGUGUUGGUGGGAUUGAUUACAGUGAUCACAUAGCUUCGUUCUCAUCACGUGGCAUGAGUACUUGGGAGAUUCCUCAUGGCUAUGGUCGUGUGAAGCCAGAUGUUGUUGCAUAUGGAAGGGAAAUCAUGGGAUCGAAGAUUAGUACAGGUUGUAAAAGCUUAUCAGGCACCAGUGUAGCAAGUCCAGUAGUUGCUGGUGUAGUAUGCCUCCUUGUUAGUGUCAUACCUGAAAGCAAGCGAAAGGAUAUUUUGAAUCCAGCCAGCAUGAAACAAGCGCUGGUUGAGGGGGCUGCAAAGCUUUCUGGUCCUAAUAUGUAUGAACAGGGUGCGGGCAGAGUUGAUCUGUUAGAAUCAUAUGAAAUUCUGAAGAGCUAUAAACCUCGAACAAGCAUCUUCCCUAGUGUUCUCGAUUACACGGAUUGCCCUUAUUCUUGGCCAUUUUGCCGUCAACCUCUCUAUGCAGGUGCCAUGCCCGUUAUCUUCAAUGCCACCAUUCUGAAUGGAAUGGGUGUAAUUGGUUAUGUUGAAAGUCCACCAACCUGGCUUCCUUUGGAUGAGGAAGGCAAUCUUCUCAGCAUUCACUUCACUUAUUCAGAUGUCAUUUGGCCUUGGACCGGUUAUAUAGCACUGCACAUGCAAAUCAAGGAGGAAGGAUCACAGUUUUCUGGAGUGAUUGAAGGCAAUGUGACCGUUAGGCUAUACAGCCCUCCAACCCGAGGGGAGCAGAGCCCUCGAAGAAGUAUCUGUGUCCUUCGCUUGAAAUUAAAUGUGGUUCCAACACCGUCAAGAUCAGAACGAGUUUUGUGGGAUCAAUUUCACAGUAUCAAGUACCCACCUGGCUAUAUUCCAAGAGACUCCUUAGAUGUCCGGAAUGACAUUCUGGAUUGGCAUGGGGAUCAUCUGCACACAAAUUUCCACAUUAUGUUCAACAUGUUAAGGGAUGCUGGAUACUUUGUUGAAACGCUAGGUUCACCUCUGACAUGCUUUGAUGCUCGCCACUAUGGGACACUUCUGCUGGUGGAUCUUGAAGAAGAGUACUUUGCAGAAGAGAUUCAAAAGCUGAGAGAUGAUGUCAUGAAUACUGGAUUAGGUCUGGCUGUGUUUGCUGAAUGGUAUAAUGUGGACACAAUGGUGAAGAUGAGAUUCUUUGACGAUAACACUCGAAGCAUGUGGACUCCGGUCACCGGAGGUGCUAACGUUCCUGCUUUGAAUGAUCUGUUGGCCCCAUUUGGGAUUGCUUUUGGAGAUAAGAUUCUGAGUGGUGAUUUUUCUAUGGAUGGUGAGCAGAGUAGGUAUGCAUCUGGAACCGAUAUUGUGAAGUUUCCUGCAGGCGGGUAUGUGCACAGCUUCCCUUUCUUGGAUAGCUCGGAGAGUGGAGCCACGCAGAAUGUCCUGAUCUCUGGCACAAGCAAGGCAGACUCCCCUAUUCUUGGUCUUUUGGAGGUUGGCAGAGGUCGAAUUGCAGUUUAUGGAGACUCGAAUUGUUUGGACGGCAGCCAUAUGGUUACUAAUUGUUAUUGGCUUUUGAAAAAAAUCUUAGAUUUUACUAGCAGGAAUAUCAGAGAUCCAGUGCUUUUCUUGGAUUCAGUUAGACAAGAUAUGCCCUUGAACAAAGACGACAACCAAUUACCAUCCCGUAGAACUGAUGUGAAUUUCUCUGCUUAUUCUGCUGUUGUUGGAAAGGAAAUGAUUUGCAGGAGUGACGCUAGGUUUGAAGUAUGGGGGACUAAGGGCUACGGGGUACAGGUCAGGGGCAGAAACCGCAGAUUGCCAGGCUAUCCUGUUAUUGACUUGGGUUUUGCUUUAAACUCUACUGCGGAGACUUCCCUUACGAAGAGUUCCAAGUCAAGUAAUAAGAACAAGGAAGGUUCUUUGGGGAACAAGUACUUGGGUUUACUCUACAGAGAUGAUGUUGAUGUGCCUAUUCUAGUUGCAAGUCAUUGGCUUGUACCAGCUAUUGUUGCCAUUUCUGGAGUUUUGCUCCUUUUAAGCUUUUGGCGAAUACGACAGAAGAGGCGCAGACGGAGGAAAGGAUCAAGCUCCGGCCGAUUUACCACUCUAUAGCCAUUAAAUAUUGAGGUACUCUUUCUCCUGUCAUUACAAUGCACCCGAAGUUUUCGUGUAAUAUUUACACAGCUUGAGAAAUUUUGUGCCAGCAUAAGUUGUAUUAUUAGUAAGACUUGUAGAUUUUCUUUGUUAGGUUCUUCUCUAAUAUUGUGAAUGUGAAAACACGGACCAGUCAAGCCAGAGGUAUUCAUUUAGCAGUUGAAUGAAAAAGCAUUUCUUUACAAAUGUAGAGUGUCUGAAAUCUUACCAGCUCACAGGAUAUAUGAAGAACUUCACGGCGUAGGUUCUGCUAGGCUCUUUAUCCACUUCAAUUAGCACUCCUAUGUCAAGAAACAGUUGUUUUGGUGAGAAGAAAACUGGUUUAUGACAAUUGAGGGGAAAUUUAUGGUUUUCCAGCAUACUCAAUUUGCUAACGCCUCGUGUGAGUAGAUGAAGGAAAUGGUGAUUAUCGCAAAAAGAUGAAUGCGCUGAGAUCUUUCUUCUAAUUUUUUUGGAUCUAUUAUAGGCUACAAGAUAUAUAGCUAGCUUGUCGGAUCCAGGUCUCCUUUGGCACUUUUUUUGUCCCAAUUAAAUUUAUGAUAGGUGAUCUACAAAGAGGGAAACGGAGGGAAUAGCAAUGGAGGGAUCACAUUUC